GGUAGCUGUUGUGCACGUCGUUCUAUCCGGAGAAUUCCGCACCGUGAGAUGUCCGGCGCCUGCGCAUGCAUGGGCCACUUAGCGCCCGACCACCGUUUGCCUUCUUUUUCUUUCAUGCAUGGUUUCUUGUUCUUUGCCCUCUCCGGCUGCGAGGUAUUCGACCCCUCUGUCGAGGCACCACACCUGUCAAUCCGCUCUCACUCCGUUCUCACCCACACUACGUCAUAUCGAUUCCGCCCCGCCCAACAAUAUCAGCCCAUUGCCAGCACCGGCUUCGCCGCAAUUUUCGUUCGCCAUGGCCCCCAACAACUUCCUCGCUGCUAUCGCAAUACUAGCGGCAACUGGGGUUGCGUAUUUCGUCUUGUCGGGCUAUCGACACCGUGCUCGUAUCAAUGAGCUCCGGAAACAGGGCUUCCCGAUGCCCGCUGAGUGGAGCUGGUGGUUUGGCCACAAUCUCGUCAUAUUCCGUUACACGAAGCGCUUACCGCCCCUCGCGAACGUCGUUUUGGCUAUGCAAGAGAUGAGCCAGGAGUUCACUGAGACUGAGAUGUUUCUAAUGGACAUGUGGCCCGGCUACCCAAGCUCGAUCAUCGUCUUCAACCCCGAGGCAUGCACCUUGAUAUCCCAGAAAUGGAACCUCCCGAGGCCUCCACAGUCUGGCGAAGCCAUUAAGCCCAUUGUGGGGGGCCAGAGUCUUGUCUCGAUGAACGGCAGCCAGUGGAAGACAUGGAGGUCCCUUCUCAAUCCCGGAUUCAGCGCAUCCAAUAUGAUGAACCACGUUCCCUUCAUCGUCGAUUGCGUUCAGGUCUUUUGUGAUAAGCUGCGAGAGAGCUCGGGCAAUGGGAUCAUAUCCCUGGACGACUUUGCUACCCGUCUAACUUUCGAAGUGAUCAUGAAAGUCACAUUAGAUGCCGACGUCAAUUAUCAACGCGGCAAGCACAUUCUGCCUACGGCAUUCGAUACUAUCACAAAGUGGCACUCCUUCUGGGACGUCCGAAUCUUAUGGAACCCCUUGCGGCCGAUCGUUCAGACAUACAACGGGAAUGUGAUCAAUAGAUACGUCCAGAGGGAGCUUGAGAAGAGCUUCUUGGAAAUGAAGAAUCCUAAACAAACAAACGCCAAACCAGCACACUCGGUGAUAUCGCUUGCUCUUGAGGCAUACAUCGGUGGUGGCCAAGAGAUGGGAAAAGAUGGCCAAAAGCCGCAGAAGCUGGACAAGUCCUUCAUCGACACUGUCACCAACCAGAUCCGCUUGUUUCUCUUUGCUGGGAACGACACGACUUCGAGCACUAUUGCUUUCGCUUUCCACAUGCUGUCCCAACAUGUCGAAGCGCUGGCGCGAUUGAGGCAAGAACAUGACAUUGUAUUUGGCGACGACGUUUCUGGAGCGGCUCACCUAUUAAAAGAGAAUCCCACGCUGCUCAAUCAGUGUACAUACACCCUUGCCUGUGUCAAGGAGACUCUUCGACUCUACCCACCCGCUGCCAAUAUGCGUCGAGGGCAACCAGGAAUUUCGCUUCCCGCAUUGAAUGGUCAGUUGCUUCCCACGGAAGGAUUCAACAUCGUCGUUGUGCAGCAGACUGUUCAUCAAAACCCCCGCGUGUGGGUUCGACCACGAGAGUUUCUCCCGGAGAGGUGGCUUGUUGGCCCAGGCCAUGAGCUUUACCCACCACAGAAUGCCUAUCGUCCAUUUGACAUUGGCUCCCGUACCUGUAUUGGGCAGCCAUUGACUUUGAACGAAAUCAAGAUUGUGCUGAUCCUUACGGCAAGAACAUUCAAUGUGAAGCCCGCUUACGAAGAAUGGGACCGGUUGCAGGAGCAGAAGCGUGGUAUAUGGGAGAGGGUGGCCAUCUGGACCAGGGGUGAAGGGAUCAAUACGGUCCACGGUGACAGGGCUUACCAGUCUGAAAAGGCUGGGACGCACCCCUCGGAUGGCUACCCGUGUCGCGUGGAACUAGUCACGCAAGAAGAGUAGCAGAAGAGUUUCAAAUAGCUCCACGAGGAUACUCAUUCUACAGGUGCAUAGAGAUAUUCGACUUUGUUUCUUAUAAAUGUGAGGGAAAAGUUCAUUCGUACUACACAUAACAGAUAGUAAGGAUUCCUCGAAAACAAAUUCACUACAUUCCUUCCC